AUGGGGUAUUACUGUAAUGAAAUAUUUUACCUAAUUGUUCUCUUAGAUUCUAUUUACGAAUGCGUCCUGCUGCGUACAUUAUCUGCUGAGCUGACUCCGAAGCAGUUUACUUCUCACUCGAACUACGGCACAGAGAACUAUCCAAACAAUUAUACUGGUGAAUGGCUGCUAAAGUCUACAGGAGAAAACCGAACUAUAGUUACCAGUCUACUGGAAUGUGAAAUCGAGGCUGUCAAUAAAAAAGGACAGACGCUGUGUAGCUGGGAAUGGGACCUCCUAGUUUUCUAUAAUGUGAAUAUUACUGGAAAUACUACUGAAUACUUAUACAUUGAGUCUACCUGCUGCAAUGGUACACUUGGUAACAUCUCCAGUACUGGACCAGAGUUAUUUAUCAGAUUCACAACAGAUGACAGCACACCAAAGAGAGGAUUCAGAAUUUCUUAUGAAAGUAUUGAAUCGCCAUCAAACAAUACACAAAGUCAAUUACAGGGCAUAAGAGCAAACGUACAAGAGACCGGUUCAAACACCACUGCGGUGGCUGGUGGCGUCGUUGGAGCGCUCGUGUCUGUGGCGGUUGUGAUUCUAAUUAUUCUUUUACUGAGACACGUUGUGAAAAAGAGAGAUAAAGCUAAGAUCAUGGCAUCGGGCUAA